GUGGUGUGGCUUCUACAGUAAAACAACAGGAAUUUGCUGCAGCUAGAAACCAACUCAAGAAAACUGAUACAAGAAAGUCUCAACCUAAAAUCGAUCAAGAUCAGCUUUGUACAAGGAUCUCCAAUAAUGCUCAAGUCGUUGGUAGGACUCGUACUGCUAAUAGCAGCCGCAACAUGCCAGAACAACAUCGACACCAGGGCUCCCAUACUGAGAAGUGUGAUUGGCCUGAGACCAUUUGACUACUUUAGCUACUCCAUGGUGCUGCACCAACGGCAAGCCAACCCAAGCAAUAGAGCUAACUCACUGGCCACAACAAGCAUCAUAGUGAGUGCUCCCAUGCAAAACCUCGGAGGGGCAGUGAACACUGGGGCCGUGUGGGACUGCCCAGUCAGCCAGGGACCAUGCACCGCUCUAAAUGGGGACGGUACUGGAGCCGAUAGGAGAUUGCACGACACAGAUGUGAAUGCAGCCAAUGAAAACAAGACCAACCAGUUCCUGGGAGGCUCAAUGGCUAGCAAUGGAGACUUUUUCAUUGUGUGUGCCCAUCGCUACAAGGUUCUGAUUGGUGGAUUUUAUUACCCUCGAGGGCGAUGCUAUUAUUCUGGCAGGAGCUUGUCUGGCUUCACUGAACACACUCCUUGCGAUAGAUUUGGAGGCACGGGCAAUGGCGGCACUGGAGUGUGUAAUGCCGGAACAAGCGCCGUGGUUACCACUGACAGUGGCUCUGGAGUGUUUGGAGUUGGUGCUCCAGGAUCGUACUUUUGGAGAGGUUCGACGACUCGUCUACAGGUCCAGGGCAAUGUGUUUGGCAACACUCCCAGGGGUGAUGAUGAUGCAUUGUUUGGUCUCCUUGGUUACUCAAUGGUAGCAGGGAGAUUUGCUGACAUCAAUAGACUAGACUAUGCUGUCGGAAACCCUCGAUACUCUCUGAAUACUUACCUUGGACGGGUUACCAUAGUGAUGAACAGUGCAUCCCUCGCGAUCACCAAUCAGCCGCUCAAUGGACAGCAGAUGGGAGAGUACUAUGGCUUCUCUCUCCUUGCCGCAAACAUGGCCGGAGACGGACAUGAUGAGCUGAUAGUAGGUGCUCCCAUGUUCCGAUCCAGUAACCAGGCGGAAACAGGCCGCAUCUUUGUCUACAGUAACACUAAUGGAGCCUUGUCCCUGGUGAGGACUAUCGUGGGUACAGAUGGACUUUCAAGAUUUGGCUACGCUAUGGCCAAUCUGGGAGAUAUCAAUGGAGAUGGUUUCGAUGAUAUUGCUGUUAGUGCUCCAUUUGGCUCUGGAAGUGGCUCAGUAUUCAUAUACUACAGCUCCGCUACUAACACCAUCUCCCCUCUCCCAGCACAGACGAUCACUGGUACCAUGGUGAACCUGAACCUGAUGAAUCCAACAGCUGUGACUGGCUUCGGUACCAGUCUGGCCAGUGGUGUGGAUGUCGAUGGAAACACUUAUAAUGACCUUGCUGUUGGAUCAUUCAAAUCGCAACAAGUGUACCUCUUGAGAACUCGUCCGCUGGCUAGUGUCGCCGUGACGAUGACCCCUAGCAAAACUGUUGUCAAUGUUCAAACUGAAGUGGAUUGCCCCCUCCCCAGUGGCAUCAUGUAUGCAUGCUUCGUUGUUACCACAUGCUUCACUUAUUCUGGACCUGGAGUCAGCAGCACAUUGGAAUUGGAUGUGACGCUAUUCGCUGAGAGAGAGAGAUUGGGCAACAAUUUGGAGCAGAGGAUCUUCUUCAACAAUGGGAUAACAGGACAAUUCCCCAGCAUGGCCACUAACAGAGUGCCUGCUGCUAUUGGAGUACAGUCAUGCUUUGAAACUACCGCAUAUAUACAGAAUGGAAUCUCGGACAUCUUCAACGGGUUUGUGGUGGAGGCCGUGAUCGUUCCUCCCAAUCUGGAUCCAGCCGCCACUGACGGUAAUCCUGCUAACCCCUUGAACUUUGGAGGCUUCCCUGUUGUUUCGAUCACGGGAGCAACCAGUGUACAGGUUGAGACCUUCAAGGACUGUGAUGGCAACACUUGUACUCCUAAUCUGAGUGUGUCUGCAACUGAACUCUCCUUCACUGGUCCUAGUAGUAACCCUAACCCGACAGAGUUUACAGUCGGUGCCGUGUCACAAAUCAACACUCAGCUGACUAUCAGGAAUACUGCUGACGAUGCAUUCUCAGCCGUCCUCGUGUUGAGAUACAGAACUGCUCAGCUGCAACUGCAGAGGGUCUACAAUAACACGGUCAUUGGACAACUGACUCUCAGUUGCACACCAAGCACAGACGACGAGUUCACACUCCAAUCGUGCAAUAUUGGUAACCCUCUCAACUCGGAUGCAGUCCUCACAGUUAAUGCCCUCUUCUCUCCUCGUCCCGAGCUGAUUGGUAACGAAGGAACAGUGACUGUACUGUACACUGUGGACAGUCUGAAUGAUGAGCUGGCUGGAAACGAGGCCGAUAAUAGCUUCUCUCAAGGCAUUCCAAUUAACGCUAGAGCUGACAUCUCCCUCGACAUUCCAGGUGUUGUGUUCCCUGAGUCAGUGUCAUAUUCCGACGUAGCCCCUGAGGGUGCUGUAGCCAACGUCACCCAGCUGGGUCCGUCUGUCCGUACCACAUUCGUAGUGCGGAACAGAGGCCCAUCCUCGGUACCCACCGUGGAGCUCACCGUCAUGUGGCCAGUGCGAGGCAGUGACAGUGAACUACACACGUUCCUUUAUCCAGCCUCUGUUUCCGCAACGUCCAGUGCCACGGUGGUGUGUGACAUGACCUUUGUCAAUCCCUCCAUGUAUGCUCUACCUGUUGAUGGUGAGGACACAGCAGGGGAGGGAGGACAGGGCGUGGCUCCCGGAGGCAGGAAAAGACGAAGAAGACGUAGCGUCCCCGAGGUCGGCCGAAAGGUCAAGAGACAAACUGUCAUCGACAACAGUCCUGACAACACCAUGGCCACCACUCAAGAAAGAGCAUUUAGCUGUGCUGACAAUGUGCCCACUCUGACCUGUCAGCCCAUCACAUGCAGUAUCCUAGGACUACAGGGUGGUUCCAGUGCUCAGGUCGAGAUCCUAGCCUAUGCCGAUGAGAGAUAUUUCGCAUCGACGAUUGACAGAUUUACGUUCACACCAACCGCCUCUGUACGUAUUGUGAAUGCUGACUACAUUGUUUCAGCAAGCUCACCUGACUCCCUCGCUAAUAUCCGUGUGAUCCCGGCUGGCACCAUGAACCCUGUAGUGGAGCCACCGCCAUUCCCCUGGUACGCCGUGGUCUUCCCUAUCAUCGCUGUUAUCAUCAUCAUUGCAGCCAUUGCAGUCGGACUCUACUUCUGUGGUUUCUUCCGUCGUGAUAAGCACGAAGAGAUUAAACAAAAGAGAGAGGAGUUGGCCAACUUGACAGAGAAUGGCGUUGCACCAGGUGAACCAGAGGAUGGUACUAAACUAUAAGAGCGACGUUCUGGAAAUGUCGGACAAUGUUAAUAGCUUUUUAGAUCAUCACAUUAUUAUCAGACUCUGAGAUAUAUAGUUGAAUUUGAAUGUUACUUGUGUCUUUUACCUCAUCUGCUGUGAAUUAUUAAAUUAUUUUUUCCCACGUAUACUGCACUUACAGUAAUUAUAAUCUGUUGUAUUUUAGUGUAUAAUUCAUGUAUAAAGAAUUUUCAUUGAAAUUAA